GUCUUCAAGCAUCUGCAAGAUGGCAGCCGCAGCAGUAAACAGAAGCACGAGUAUGCUGUCAAGGCGUGUUUUUGUGGUUGGGGUCGGAAUGACCAAGUUUGAAAAGCCUGGUCGCAGAGAAAAUUUUGACUACCCACAGAUGGCGAAAGAAGCAGGGACAAAGGCACUUGAAGAUGCUGGAAUAUCAUUUGAAGAAGUCGAGCAAGCCUGUGUAGGAUAUGUGUAUGGUGACUCGACCUGUGGGCAGCGUGCUGUGUACCAGCUUGGUAUGACUGGGAUUCCAGUUUACAAUGUGAAUAACAAUUGUGCAACAGGAUCCACUGCCUUAGUCAUGGGGAAACAAUUCAUCCAGGGAGGACUAGCAGACUGUAUCCUGGUGUUAGGAUUUGAGAAAAUGAACAGAGGAUCCCUUGGUUCUGUUUUCACUGAUCGGACUAACCCAGCAGACAAGCAUGUUGCUGUGAUGAUGGACAUCUUUGGUCUGGAGAAAGGUCCUAUGGCUGCUCAAAUGUUUGGAAACGCAGGACGGGAACACAUGCAGAAGUAUGGCACCACGCCAGAACACUUUGCCAAGAUUGCCUACAAAAACCACAAACACUCAACCAACAACCCGUAUUCCCAAUUCCAACAAGAAUACAGUCUGGAAGCCAUUAAGGAAUCAGCGAAAAUCCACGACCCACUGACCAAACUGCAGUGUUGUCCAACAUCAGACGGAUCUGCUGCUGCCAUCCUGGCAAGUGAGGCCUUUGUGAUAAAACACAACCUUCAGUCACAGGCUAUCGAGGUCCUUGGCAUGCAGAUGGCCACUGACCUGCCAAGUACCUUUGAGGACAAGAGCUGCAUGAAAAUGGUCGGGUAUGACAUGACCAAGACAGCUGCUGACAAAGUCUUCGCGGAAGCAGGACUUUCUCGUGAUGAUGUCAAUGUGGUUGAACUUCAUGACUGCUUCUCCUGCAAUGAGCUCAUCACAUAUGAAGCCCUUGGAUUGUGUGAACCAGGGAAGGCUGGCCAGAUGGUUGAUAAUGGAGAUAACACAUACGGUGGAAAAUAUGUCAUCAACCCUAGUGGAGGACUCAUAUCAAAGGGACACCCUCUAGGAGCUACAGGUCUGGCCCAGUGUUCUGAGUUGUGUUGGCAGCUGAGAGGUAUGGCAAACAAACGACAGGUCAAUGGAGCAAAGGUUGCUCUCCAGCACAACCUAGGCCUGGGAGGAGCUGCAGUGGUGGCUCUCUACAGACAUGGAUUCCCAGAGACAGUGGGUAAAUCUGUGCAGUUUGCUCCAGCUAGUGCCUCGUCAGAAGGGGACUUCAAAUCAGCAGUCAUCUUUAAAGAGAUCAAGGAAAACAUGGAUAAGGACGGUCCCAUGUUUGUGAAGAAGAUGAAAGGAAUUUUCUGUUUUAAAGUCAAGGGAAAGAAUGGAGAAGGAGUGUGGGUUGUUGAUGCCAAGAACGGGAGUGGAUCCGUCAAAUUUGGAGUGGAACCCAAGGGUGAUGUGACGAUCAUUAUGAAUGAUGAGGAUAUGUUCAACUUAAUGCUGGGAAAGCUAAACCCACAGCAGGCAUUCUUCCAAGGAAAACUCAAGAUCCAAGGAAAUAUGGGACUAGCCAUGAAGAUGAAGGAAUUCGAGUCCAGAGCAGGGAAAUCUAAAUUGUAGAUCUGAAUAAAGGACUGAGAAAAGAAUUCAUCCAGACUCAAGAACUGUAUAUGCAAAAUACAAACAGUGCUACGGAAUGAGUGGUAUAUAGAGAACUACACUAGGUGUAUGUGGAGUAAUACUGUGAUAUUUUAUUGUAACAUUAAAGGGAAAAUGAUUUAACUGUGAAAUGAUUUAUAUAUAUAAAAAAUAUAUGUGAAAAACAGAACAAAAAGAUUGAUUCAGUGAACAUUUGGAUACAUACCUGAUUAAAACAGAAAGCAGGAUUAAGUUUUAAAUGGAAGGGGAGAAGUGACCGUCAUUCACAUGUCUCAAGUGUCAGGUGGGUGCUGUAGUUGUUGCACAAUGGAACAUCACCAGUUGACUCACCAAGGUUGCUGAUACAACAUACAUUUUGAGUAAUCAGAGAAUUAAGAGGGAUAAAGAAUGGGUAUAUUUAUUUUCACACAGUACUCUUUGUCUAAACUUGACUCUGGUCAAAUCAGGAUUAUUGUCUGGAUCAGCCUUAUAAUUGGGUUAUGACAAUGUAUAACAAGUACUCUCUACAAUCAGGAACUCCUGCCAAAUUAUGUGGUCACUUGUUAGACUGUGUACUGUACAAAAUCUUUGUUUAUUGCACUUUAUAAUUCGUUUACAUGGUGAAGAGCGAGUGAUGGUCUAACCACAGACUCAAGUUUUACCUGUGCUAUUGUGGUAUUCAACACAUGUUAACACUACAAUAUCAUAGGGAUGACCUCAGAAUUAAAACUAUCCUGCAAUGUAUUCAGAAAUUAUACUCCUGAUUUUAUUAGUAGUACAUGUACAUGUAUAAAUCAUUCUUAACCUGACCUGAUGGUAAACCAUUCCAUAUCUGCAAUUUUUGUAUUAAUCUUUUGUAACUUCAAUCAGGAUUUAAAAUUAACUUAUAAUUCAUGGAAUUGUGUGGUCAGUUUCCACAAAAUAACUAUAUGUAAAGCUUUUGUCAUUGUCUUCUUAUUUGUGAUUAAGUAUUUAUUUGUCUUGAAACAUUGCAUGCUAAUUGACUUGAGGAUGAAUAGAUGUUUUACUUCCUGGAAUGUAUGACAGAGAAUUCUUAACCCAAGGGGUAAGAUUUUUGAAGGUUUAAUCAUUGUGUGGUAAAUGACAUGAGGUAAAUGAUUAAUUGAUUUAUUAUUACCUUGAGUGUACGACAGAGAAAUCUUGACCUAAGGGGUAAGAUUCUUGAAGGUCCAAAACUCUUUACAGAGGCUUAAUCUGAAGGUUGCAAUUUCUUUGUUACAUCCGCAAGGUAUAUGUUCAAAGUGAUUAAUUUUCUCCAACCCCUAAAAAUAAUGUUUUGGCAAAUAAGAAUAUGCUUUCUACCACAACUGCCCAGCUGUAGUUUGAUGUCUUUUGUUUAUUCAAGAGUGAUAAUAUUCAAUUCAUUAAUUGUGAUAAGUGUCACAAGUGUGUGUAGCUUGUCGACAUGUUCAGGGAUUACAGAAAAAUCUCGUCUAAAUGGAGAAAAAUCCACAAAAGUUGGAGAAAAAUGUAUGAAAGUGUGAAGAGAUUAGCUUCUCUGAUGUAAACAUGAACAGUUUGUUGAUUUUGGUUAAAUGAAUUCAUUUAAAUGGAGUGUUUUUUUGACAAAUCUGAGGGUAAUUGAAUUUGAACAUAUGUUGCUUUAUUUAUUUUCUUUUUGAUCAUGUGAGAAAAGGUAAUUAAAAUAAUAAAUGAAAAAAAUCAUG